ACUCUGCAUCCUAAUUACGCGUCUCAAAGAGACUCUGGACAGCUUCUACUUCUGACGACGGCUUCAGGAAGUGUGUGUGUGUGUGCGAGUGAGAGUGUGAGCGAGUGUGUGUGUGUGUGUGUGUGUGUGUGUGAGUGUGAGAGAGUGAGUGUGUGCUGGAGCUAAAAUAAUGUGACCAGUUGCAGUGUACUGAAGAGGUUGAAGCAGUGCUGAAGUUUGUGGAAGGUGUGUGAGCGGAGCGUCCACUCUGAGUGUCGGAGGAAGCUGAACUUCACACAAACCGGACCUGGAAAUGGACACAAAAGCACUUCCUCAGUGAAAAAAAUGGCACGUUUUUACCACUCUUCCUAAUUUACUACCAAAGAAACACAUCUCCGCUGGCAGCGCAACGCCUUCGGUGAUGUUCUGCUUUUGCGUUUGCGCUCGUGCCCGUGAUCUGGUCCUCUUUAUUUGAAGGCGCGCUUAGCAUCACGGGAGGAAGGAGGGAGGGAGGCGGGAGGGGCGCGAUGAGGUUGGUUCUGGUCCAACCCACCAAUGAGACGAGCCGCGUGGACUCGACGGUGGGGGCCUCCGCCGGCGCCGCACGCAGCACCGAGAGCGAGAGCGCGCCGAAGCGGCUCGGUCCGCAGCCCGCCGCACGCGACCAGCAGGAGGAGGAGGAGGAGGAGGAGGAGGCGGUGAUGCGGCAUCGAGACUCGCGCGCUGUCCGACAGCAGCAACAACAGCGACCGCACGCAGCAUCGCCAUCCUCAUCAGCAGCAGCAACAGCAGCAACGCCGUUUUACACUCUGCCGCCUCCACCGCCGCCGCCGUCUCACAGUGCGCGCGGACACCGGAAACCGCCCAGCGCGACCGGACAACUGCAACGGGGCGGCGCACGAGAACCGUCAUCAUCAUCAUCACCAUCAUCACAAAGUCAAGGCGCCGAGUCGAGUCUCGCGAACAGCCAGCGGCGCAACUGCGCCUUCACAAAACCGUCGGCUCGAGCUCUCGGUUCCGUUUCCCCGGACUCUGUCGGUGACCCCGCCUGGUGCGGCUCGCGAUUGGCGGAGGAUCAGUCUCGAGGGAACCAGUGGAGCAAACCUGCGCAUCGUCUCUCGUGCAGCUGCGGAAAAGAAGGCGGGUCGUUGCCGGAAGAGCAGCAACAACUGCAGCAGCCACAACAAACGCUACAGCAGAUCAGCAGCAGCAGCAGCAGCAAUCCGUUCACCGCUCUGCUGCUGCAAAACCCGCCGCCGCUGCCACCGGCACCUUCAUCAUCAUCACCGCUAUCUUCAUCAUCAUCAACGCAACAGCAUCAGCAACAGCAUCAGCCGCCGCGCGCUCCCGCGGGCCAACCGCCCGAAACCGCCACCGCCGCUCGCGCGCUCCAGGACCCGCAGGCGUCUCGGUUGCAGGUGCAGCAGCAGCGGCUCGUGAGGAGCAGUCUGCCCGAGAGCUGCGCGAGAGGACCGCCGCACGAGCUGUGCGCGCAGCGGCCCUGUGGCAUACAGCAGCAGCAACAACCACCACCACCACCACAGCAACAACAGCAACAGGGCGCGCGAGCGGAAUGGCACCGUGACGGAGACACGAACCCGAGCGCGGAGCACGAGCCUCAGAGAAACCAAGGGCAUCAGGUGAGUGCGGAUGGCAGCAGGCUGAGCCAUGCUUGGUCGCGCUCUUCGCUGUCGCCCAGCGGCCCCGCGCUCCCUCAGAUAGCCAUGAACAGCUGUAAGUACAAUGGCGGCGUGGUGAGACCGCUGGGCAGCAGGAACCUGGCCGAUCUGGACUCUGAGACACAGCCGCUGCAGACGCUCCACACCUCCGGCCUCGAGGUCGUGGUGUCAAAGGGCAACGGUGACGAAACGGGCAAGCCACUGCGUGAGGAUGCCAGCAACGCACCGCACAAAAGGAACAAGGACAUCGGCUACAAGCUUGGCCACCGGAGGGCGCUGUUCGAAAAGCGCAAGCGCCUCAGCGACUACGCCCUCAUCUUCGGCAUGUUUGGCAUCGUCGUCAUGGUGACGGAGACGGAGCUCUCGUGGGGGGUUUACACAAAGGAAUCCUCAUAUUCAUUUGCACUGAAAUGCCUUAUCAGCCUUUCCACUCUGAUCCUCCUCGGUCUGAUUAUUAUGUAUCAUGCACGAGAAAUUCAGCUUUUCAUGGUGGACAACGGAGCAGACGACUGGCGGAUAGCCAUGACUUACGAACGCAUUCUGUUCAUUGUGCUGGAGCUUCUGGUGUGUGCCAUCCAUCCGAUCCCGGGACAGUACGUUUUCACGUGGACGGCGCGGUUGGCCUUCACGUACACGCCGUCUGUGGCCGACGCCGAUGUGGACAUCAUCCUGUCCAUCCCCAUGUUCUUGCGCCUCUAUUUAAUUGGCCGUGUCAUGCUGCUGCACAGCAAACUGUUCACGGACGCUUCCUCACGCAGCAUCGGCGCCCUCAACAAGAUCAACUUCAACACACGCUUCGUCAUGAAGACCCUCAUGACCAUCUGCCCUGGCACCGUGCUGCUCGUCUUCAGCAUCUCCUCGUGGAUCAUCGCCGCUUGGACGGUGCGCGUGUGUGAAAGAUAUCACGAUAAACAGGAAGUGACGAGUAACUUCCUGGGUGCGAUGUGGUUGAUCUCCAUCACCUUCCUGUCCAUUGGUUAUGGAGACAUGGUGCCACACACCUACUGCGGGAAAGGAGUUUGUCUGCUGACAGGAAUCAUGGGGGCGGGCUGCACCGCGCUGGUGGUUGCCGUGGUGGCCAGGAAGCUCGAGCUGACCAAGGCGGAGAAACAUGUUCAUAACUUUAUGAUGGACACUCAACUCUGCAAAAGAGUGAAGAACACGGCUGCUAACGUACUCAGGGAAACGUGGCUCAUCUACAAACACACCAAGCUCGUGAAGAAGAUUGAUCACGCCAAGGUCAGGAAACACCAGCGCAAGUUCCUGCAGGCCAUCCACCAAGCUCAGAAGUAAGUGUUGUUUAUUCUCACUCUUCCUCCUCCUCAUCCUCCUAUCUCAGUCCUGCACCGAUGUUCAAACCGACAUGACUCUGUUUGAAGCUGGAUGCUCAUUUACUCGAAAUCUCUCAGGAUUUUCACUCAAACUAUGAAAAACAACAAGUUAUUUUAAAAAAGGGAGAAAAAAAGCAUCUUCUCAGCUUCAAAUCCAUUCGAGUUCAUCCAUCUGAUCUGCACCUGACCUCCAUCUGAUCUGCACUUAGCACCACGCUACGCUAAGCUAACAGAUAACCUCCCAUUACGCUUCCAUGAGAAUAAACUGAGGCGCUGAGAUCCUCGCCUCUCACUACUCCACCUGAUUGUGUUGUUGCACGCGGUGUUAGCAUGCUGAAAUGGCUGUUAGCUGUGAUGCUGUGAUGUCUGAGUGACAGUAGCUAACUACAAGCUAGCGAGUCAUAUUUACUGCACUAUUCUAUCCGGACAUGAGCUAGCUACGUUUGGAUCUAUCUGGUCUACUCCAGCAUUGCUAGCCAGCUAGUUCUAGCUAAUGUGUGCUAAUUUGUGUUAGUAUUAUGUGCCUCAGUAUUGUAUUGCUAGCUAGUCUGUUUAAUAGCACGCUAAUUUAAGUUAGUUCUGGUGAAUAAUUUGUUUUGUAUCUUCACAAUAGCUAGCUACAUGUUUAUGUUCAUGUAUGCAAAAUACACUAGCUGGCUAGUCAUAUGUAAUGUAUUAGCGAGUGGUUAUGUUAACUAGCUUAUUUAAUGUAGUUAGUUAUCUUUGGUGAAAAUACGUUUAAAGAUUAAAACACUUUAGUUUAUUCACUUCAGGAAAUCUUUAUAUGCUAGCCGUCAGCUGAUGUGUUUGUCGCUAGCUAGCCAGGCUAACGUUGAGCUAACAAACAUAUGGAAUGCUUACAGACCCAAAAUACACGCAGAGUUCUGACAUUAGCUUCAGCUAACGGCUCCGACAUCAAUCACCUUCUCGCUACAGUCACAUAAACAUCUGUAACACAGAGUGUUCACUGAGAGUGUGUGUGUGUGUGUGUGUGUGUGUGUGUGUGUGUGUGUGUGUGGAUCAUUAUGGAGGUUCGGGUGCUGAGACAAACAGAAGCAAUUUUGGCUUUUCCCAAAAUUGAGAGCUCAUCAGACACCAAAACAAACCCCAUGUGUUCCUGGAAAUGGACUGUUUUAUUUCCGGUUUAAAGUCUGACCGCUCCGCUCGGCUGCGUCCACUCGUCAGCUGCGUCCACUGACCGCUCCGCUCAGCUGCGUAAACUCGUCUCCUGUGAUAAACAUCCAGAAGUUUUCUGUAAUAUUCCUUGUCAUGUGAAUACGAUAAAGCAGAAAGGAAAAGACGUCUAGAUGUUUCGAAAGAGAUUGUUCAGUUUUAAACAUUUGUUUCUAAAAAGAUGGAGAUCUUCAUCUUCCAAGAGAUGAUGAUGAUGAUGUUGGAGAUCUGGAGGUGUUCGUGGUUCCUCAGGCUGACUGCAGCGUGAUGCUCUCUAAAACACGGCUAAUGUUCUGAAUGUGUGUGUGAGCUGUGUUCAGCCGGGACGUGUGUGUUUUAACCCCAGAUCUAAAGCAUCAGGUGUGUUUAGUGACGUGUAAAAGGGGAGGAGUCUGAUGCUAUCAGAGCAAGCGUUUCUUCCUGGUGGACUUACUUGUGACGUUCCGUCUCUUUCGUCUGUUCUGUAAACACGCUGAAACUUUCCCUGUGCCGGGACUAUGAGUUUUUGUUUGUGGUUUCUUCCGGAGGAAACACGCCCUCACCGUCCGCUCCACGCGUUCCCGCCCUCAGCAAGCCUCGUUAGCAGGCUAAUCAGGCUAACACUAACACUUUAUCAGCGGUGCGUCAGUUGUCGCUGUUGCAGUCACUUCCUUUUGUUUUAUUUUCUCUUCUUAUCACUCAUCUGAUUAAAAGCGGUACCAUGGCUUUUUCUCAGAAGUUUUCGGGCAUGGUGUUUAUUGUAAACGAGUGGAGAUAGCGGUCAUUAACCUUUAAAGACUGAAAGAGCACUGCGCAUGUUUUCCAUUGCUCCACAUGCAUUGUUUCGGUUCGCGCAGUUAAAAGGUCAAACCAAACAUGCAUGCAUUCUUACCAGUUAGCAUGUGACUGCCAUCAGACCGCCAAUGGCAGUUUUCGGAGCUUUCAGCAGGUCCAGCGCUGAUCCAGCGGCAUUCAGGCGUCCAGCUCUGAUCGCCUUUCAUUUUAAACAUCGAUCUGUUCAUUUUCCCCAACAGACAGUUUUAAUAACAGCGCUAAUAAAUUUUUGCCCCAACACCAGGAAGUGGCAGCUUUUGAAGCUAACAUGGAUAGCACUUACUGCUGCUUUCUGGGGCUAAACAAUGCUGUAGUGCCCUCUAGUGGACAAAUCAUACUGCAUCAUUAUUCUAAACCCAAAGUUUCAGCCGAUUUCUGUCUUUAUGUCCCAGAAGAAACACAGCUGAGGUCCAGCAUUUCUGCAUCAGAGCUAAUUAAAGUCUGGCUCAUUUUCACAGCUCAAUAUUAACAAUAAUAGUAAUAAUAAUAAUAAUACACAAAAAUAUUACUAUAAAACCUGUAAAAAUAAUCAAGUGAAUAUUAAUGCGAAGUGAAAAAGAAAAAUAUAGAUUUGUCCCUCACUGUCUUUACAGAGCGAGCAUGCUAAGUAAGGUUAGUGACUAGCAGCGAUUAGGAAAUCAGUAGGUUUUUUUCCUGUAGAUUAUGUAAUGUCAUCACACAGAUGUAGAAGAUGGAAACUAACUCUGAUGUUCUGUCAUGUUUGUGGUAAAAUGUACAUCUAACAGCUAACUGGUGUUGCUUAAGACCGCUAGCUAGUGUUAGCAAGUUGCUAGGGAAAACUCCCCUCUAGUCUGAAGGAAUAAUGAGAUAAACCUGAUGUUUGGGGAAAGUUGUUGUUUUCGUGGACGUCUGAAUGCGCUAGCGCUAACGUGUGUGUCAUCGUCUCCGUCUUCACUUCCUGUGGCUGAAUGAGUUCUGCAUGUCUGAUCUGAGAACGUCUGCAUGUCUCACUUCACUUAGUCAAGAAGCAUCCUGACAUCUCUCUCUCUCUCUGUCCAUCUCUCUCUCUCUCUCCAUCUCUCUCUCUCUCUCUCACUCUCUCCAUCUCUCUCUCUCUCUCUCACUCUCUCCAUCUCUCUCUCUCUCUGUUUUACUCUCCUUUUCCACCUUUUAUCUGUCACCCCCAUCUUCCUCCCUCCCUCCCUCCAUCUCUGUCUCUCCCUCUCUCUGUUACUCUCACUGUCUGUCUCUUUUUCAUGUAUUUGUGUACUUUUCUUCUUCUUCUGUUUUUCCUCCCCUUAUUAACCUCUUACUCUCUUUCUCUUCAACCACUCUCUCUCUCCCUCUCUGUCUGCCUCUCUCUCUCUCUCAAUAUCUGUCUGUCUCUCACUCUGUCUCUCUCAUUCUCUCUCUCUCUCAAUGUCUAUCUGUCUCUCACUCUCUCUCCCUGUCUGUCUGUCUGUCUGUCUGUCUCUCUCUCUCUCAAUGUCUGUCUGUCUGUCUGUCUCUCUCUCUCUCUCUCUCUCUCUCUCUGUGGUUCCUGCACGUCUCUGUGAUCAGACUGCGCAGUGU